AUGCUCCUAUCACAUGUCCUGCAGAGUUGGAGCUAUGGGGCCUACACGAAAGUCAAACGUGUUGCUGGCAGAAUUCUAGAAGUAGAAGGCAGCAGCCAAAAUAUUUUCAUCUCUAUUGAUAGACGGGGCGUCAUAUAUGUCAUCCCUCUUCCAGUGAGCUCCAUACCGUGGGAGGAGCCUGUUAAUCUAGCCUACCCACUUCACUUGACUGUUCCUCACUUCGCUAGAGGGAAACGAGCAGCUCAGGUUCUUGCUAACCCAAGUGUGGGAUGCCAAGGCAGAGGAGCUCUCGAAGCAUAG